AUGGAAGUUCUUAAAGAUAAUUUCCAAGAAUUAUUGCCAGUCAUUGAAGAGGCAAUUCACGGAUCUGACUUUAUAGCUAUUGACACAGAACUUACUGGCUUGUAUGAACGUGUAGAAAGGAUAAAAAGUUUCGACGACCCACAGUCAAGAUAUAGUAAAUUCCUUAUAGUACAGUUUGGUUUAUGCACGUUUACAUAUUCGGAAACAAAAAAUGUUUUUAUUGCACGACCAUUCAAUUUUUACAUUUUCCCUCCGAGCGCAGAUAGAAAAGACAUAAGUGAUAUAUGUUUUCUGUCUAGUGGAUCAAGUCUUCAAUUUCUUUCGAAAUGUGGAUUUGAUUUUAACAAGUUAAUCGGGAAAGGCAUACCAUGGAUCAACAGAACAGAUGAGGCUAAGCUGACGAUACGCAGAGAGAAUUUGGCACAACGCCAGAUUGAAAAUCCACCUGAUGAGGAAACCAAAGGAAACGUAGAAAAAUCCAUGAAACAAAUAGAAGCGUGGUUCAAAAACCCACAAUUAGAAGAAUUGGUCGUGGAUACUCCAAGUAUUCGCCAAAAACGUUUGAUUUUCCAAGAGAUUAGAGAAAAGUAUAAUGGCUUUGUAGAAGGUGACAGUCGGCCAAAGGCUAUAUGCCUCAAGCGCUUAACAGAGAAAGAACGACAAAAAAAAAUCGAUGCUGAUUUUGAGGAGACUGCUGCACUGCUUAUAAAUUUUCGAGUGGUUAUUGAAAAGAUGGUAGAAUCCAAGAGGCCUAUCAUUGGUCACAAUUGUUUUCUUGAUUUUUGCCAAUUCAUUCAUCAAUUCUGGGAGGAAAUCCCAGAGAGGGUGAGUGAAUGGAAAAAAUUAGUGCAUGGGAUGUUUGAUACUGUUAUCGAUACCAAACACCUGGCAAGUACUCAUCUGAAGUUGCAGAAACUUUUGCCGAAAAAUGGGGUUCAAGAUAUUGUGGAAGCAACUCAGAAACCUCCAUUUAGCGAAUAUGCCCCAAAAGUUGAAUUGGAUCCAAAAUUCAAUAGGUACACCUUUAAUGAUGAAACCUUGAGCCAUGAAGCUGGUUAUGACGCCUACGUUACCGGAUGCAACUUCCUGUCGUUGGCUGCAUUCAUGUUACAUGAAAAAGAGAUAAAGAUCGAUGUAUACGCUUCUUUCUUUGAAGAUUCUCCGCAACCAGAAAUAGAAGAAGAGAGCGAAAAACUUUCAACAGAUAAAGUUGAAAUUGAUUUUCGAAAAUUAUAUUUGACUUCAGAAAAGCUUACAAAGUUCUAUAAUAAACUACAUUUGCUCAGAUCAGAUUUUAGAUAUCUAAAUUUGGUGGGAGAUGAUGGAUUGCCACCAGCAAAGCCAAACUCCUUCUUGCUCUCUAAUAUCCCGCCAAUGACGAAUCAACAAGCUUUAUUUGCUAUCUUCGAGGAAUACGGCAACAUAUUUUUCUCUUGGAUCGAUGAUUCAAAUUGUUGGUUGACAUUAAAAGAAGAGAAGAAGCGUGCAAAACUAGUCGAGGGUGUUUUGAAUGAAUCGAAGUUUUUCUCGAAAUUUAUCGAAGGUGGAUCAAAGUAUCAGAAAGGAAAGAGUAAAGGGGUCACAGAAUCGAUGGGGAAAAUCGUUGUAAAAUCGUGGGAUAAAUGGAUCCAAGACGUCACCAAGGAACAAAAUAACGUUAAGACAGAUAAUGAGAACCGAACUUCGAAAUCUAUAGGCAUUCAAACGGAAAAAAUUCAGGAUUAUAUAACAAAGACACCGACAAUGGAGUUCUCUUCUUUCUGGACACUUCCAAAAGCCGAAGAUGAAUGGCCACCAAAUUCACCAGAAUUUCAAAGUUGGUCAAACGAUGGCACAGAAGAUAAUUGGACAAAAAAGGAUGACGCCACAUUUAAUGAAGAUGCAGCAAUGAAUGGCAAACGGAGGCUUCCUCGUGUAGAUGAUUAUGACGAACGAAUAAAGUCGCAAUAUCUCGCACGUAAUAAUAAAUUAUACAAGACUUUGAUUCCAAAGUGA